AUGGUUCUCGCAGAAGAUCUCCUCAACCCCUCCCCGAUUGCUGAGGCUCGCAAGCACAAGCUCAAGACCCUCGUCCCAGCUCCACGAUCGUUCUUCAUGGACGUCAAGUGCCCAGGCUGCUAUGUCAUCACCACUGUCUUCUCGCACGCCCAGACUGUCGUUAUUUGCGGCUCCUGCGCCACUGUUCUAUGCCAGCCCACUGGUGGUAAGGCUAGACUGACAGAGGGAUGCUCGUUCAGGAAGAAGUAG